GGCUUUCAAAAAACAUUCUCUCAAUUCCAUUCUUUCUUCCUUUCCUUCCUCUGCAGGCAGUGAACAACUUUUUCCUUGUUUCUGAGAAAACCCUAUUUCAACCAGCACAGUUGAUUUCAGCAUCCUUCUCUUCACCGCAGCAAAGUCUUAUCUUACACUACCUGAAUUAGAGAGGGAACACUAGGACUCCGCAACCAUGGACUCACAGGGCCAAACAACUUCUUUGCAGAGACUUCAGAAUGUAGAAAAGAGAAUCGUGAAGGUAUUGGAGCUUGCCGGAGGAGUAAUGGAUGAGCUUGCAAGCCCUGUUGGUCCUAGGAAAGAUGUGGUCCAAAAUCACUGCCUUGAGUUCAUGCAAUUAAUCAAGGACAUUCAGGUGGCAUUGCGUGAUGAAAUCAAAAGUGCUUGUGAAUAUCGUCCAUUUGAGAAAUGUGACUAUGGUCCAAGAAUAGCCAAUGAGAUUUGUCACAAAAAGGUCGAAUUUAUUAUGUCACAAUUGGAUGCAAUGAAACAAACUAUAGAUGAGUAUCACGCGGCAGUUUGAAAAUGUAGCCUAGUUCCCUGUAGAAUCCUGGGCUACAUCCCAGUAAUGAAGAAUUGUUUGUUACUAGUUAGUGUGUAGUUUUGGUAAGGUAAUAAUUACCUUAGGAGAGAAAGGCAAUCAGUGUAUUUAUUUAGAUGGUUAUAUAGAAGAAUACCCUAUUGAUUUGGGAUUGGCAUGCUCCUCCUAUCUUACUAGGACCUGCACAAUUUUUUCAUUUAUUUUAUGGACUAUGCGGACAUCAGUUAGAGUGUACCUGUGCUAUCAUGUGCACUUAACAUUAUAAAAUGGUUAUGAAGUUUUAGAUUCUUGACCCAGAAUGUAAAAGUAUGAUCUUUGCUGGUGUAUGACCUUCUGGAAGGAUAUUUUGAAAGUGGUUGGAGACUUUAUCAGGAUCUCUGCAACUUUUAUUACUACAUCGUCCACUGAGUCCUGACCAGAACCCAAUCUUCUAUUGUAUAUUUCUUCCUACCCUGAACAUCAUCUUCUGUGGCCUCAUUAAUUUGGUGCAGGAAGAAAAUGAUUAUUACAUUGGAAACAUGUUGAAAAGUCAAUGGCAUUUUUUAAUUUUAGAUGUUCUUUUUCAAUAUAUAUUUUUGUUUUCUUUUUGCUGCAUUUCUAUGUAAAGUACUCAGGAAACUUGACUUUCAGAUGAAUACUGCCUUUAUUUGGAUAUAAA